GUCACAUCAUAGGUAACAAUAUGCUCUGAUUGUGUGCUGUUUGUUUGUUUAGAAUUUAUAGCUGUUGUUUGGUUAGAAUUUAUAGUUGUUGUUUCUUCAGGUUGUGAAUUGUUUUGUUUCAUAUUUGAAAACCGAUAGGGCAAUAUAAUGGAACAUUUUGAAAUUGGGUGUUGUUUCAAAAGUUACAAUGAGCUAAUAGAAAAACUGAAAGAAUACUGCGAAAUUACCUGCACGAAAUUCACGACAAAAGAUUCUAGAUUGAUUACUAAUGAAUUUGCCAGCGCCAAAGAAAGUUUUGUUUAUUCCGAACUGAAGUUGAUUUGUGUACAUGGUCGGACCCCCAAAAUAAAAGGCGGUGAAAAAAAACGUAAAAUUAGAACCUUGAAAAUCAAGAAGACAGAGUGCCCAGCUUACUUCAGAAUCAAAUUGAUAAACUCUGGAGUAGCUUUGCAAAUAGUGGCCAUGAAUGACAAACACAAUCAUCCCUUGGAAAAAAUUGAGGUUGAGGAACCACCCAAAACAAAAAAGAAGAAAGGAAGUUAUGACAAAAAUAUCAGCAGUUUCAAGUUAGAGAUAAAGAAUGAAGACAGUGUCAGUUCAGAGGAUAUGCAGCCUUCCGAAUUCAUUGAAGUUUACAUAGAUAGAGAUGAUCCUGAUCAAAAAGUCGAAUUUUCAUUCAGAGGUCUUUGUGCGCCUGUAUUUAACGUAUUUACUGAAGAUAACUCUCUCAAUGUAAGCAUCAUUCCUGAAUAUGCAAAAUAUCUAGCAGAUGGAGGAAUCACUGCUGUUUUAGUUAAUGACAUCAUGGGUGAAUGCACGUCUAUGUCAGUGUCGGAAAGAAAAUCUGUUACUGAGGAAUGGAUGAAAGCCGUCAAAAUCACUAAUCAGCAUAUUAUGGUCCAAGUAGGUGGAUGUGCCUUACCUGAUGUCGUAGAUUUAGCAAAACAUGCUGAAAAGGUUGGUGUAGAUUCUAUACUGUGUCUUCCAGAAGUAUGUUUUGAAGGGUCUACACCUAAAGAACUUGUGGAAUAUUUGAAGAUAGUAAGUCAAGCUGCUCCUAACACUCCGCUGUUAUACCAUCAUAUACCAAAGAGAACUAAUGUUGAUACAAAUAUCAUGCUUAUUUUGGAGGAGUGUACUGGAAAAAUACCCACAUUUUGUGGCAUCAACUACACUUCCAACGAUUUAGAAGAAGGUGUGGCAGCUUUAGAAAUAGAUAGUAAAAAAAAUGUAGUAUUUUUUGGAGCUGAUAAGCUGUUGGUGGGUGCAUUUUCAAUGGGAUUUGAUUCAGCCAUUAUACCCAGUUUGAAUAUCUUUCCAGAAUAUGGCAAAUGCAUACUAGAAGCAGUUGACAAGUCUAAGUUGGAAGAAGCAAGGAAACUUCAAAGAGAACUUUCAAUUAAAUAUGAUGUAAUAUCCAAAUUUGGAGCUCUUGUACCUGCAAUGAAAGCUGCAAUGAAUAUAGCAACAUCUAUAAAUGUUGGACUGGUGAGGCCCCCAUUGAAAAAUCUCUCAGAUGAACAAAUAGAAAACAUGAAGAAUUUGUUAGGACUCGAAUAAUCUAUAAGGGACGAAAUUGUGCAAAUAGAACAUUUAUGUUUUUCUUUAUGGUGUUACAGCUGAAAGAAGACGGCAAAAAAUUGAAUUAAUAAUACUUGAAACAAUUACAUAUAAAAAUUAUCAUCUAAAAUAAAAUCGUUUUUUGAAUUGUAUACAAGUAAAACUGAAAUAAACAUUUUGCAAACUUUUAACUAAGGGUA